CACUACUUUACUAAAACCUCUCUAAAAUCUCUGUUUUUAGCAAACUUCUGAGUGAGUGAAAAACAAUUAUAUUUUAUAAAGAAAGAAGAAGGGGUUUGUCUAAAAUGGAGAUGAAGUACAAUAUCAAUAUGUGUGUGAAGAUGGUGAUGUUUAUUUUCAUGACUUUGUGUUUGCAACAAUUUGGUGAUUCUGCAACACUUGUUGUUGAUGGUGUUUCUGAAUGGAACAACCCCACUGUUCAAGUUGGUGACUCCAUUAUUUUCAGGCACAAAUACAACUACAAUCUAUACAUAUUCAAGAACAGAAGAGCAUUCAACUUGUGCAAUUUCACUGAAUCCACUCUUCUCACUCCUCAAUCUCCCACCUUCACUUGGCACCCAUCGCGGCUCGGAUCCUUCUAUUUUGCCUUCAGAAACACCUCUACAAAAGCAUGUGACGACGGCCAGAAACUCGCGAUACAAGUUUCCUCCUCACUCACACCAGAAACUUCCACUUCACCACCACAACCUCAACCACCAAUGGCAGCAUCGUCACCAUCACCUACUAUCUCAGGUGGCGGCAAGGGGACCACAAUAUUUGCAUCACCACAACCUAGUACUACUCCUGGUGGUGUUGGAGACAUCAUAUCCUCAAUCCCACCAUCUAGUAGCUCAAGUGGCGGUUUUGGAGGCAUAAUAUCAUCGUCUCCAUCUUACCCGUGGCCUAACCGUCCUCAAGAACUAACUUCCCCUAGCCCAUCUCCUAUGAAUGCCAUUUUCCCAUCAAAUGGUCCAAUACCUAGAAAAGGCAGCACUUUACCAUUUAUAAACAGCAAUCCGGCGGUGCCAUUGCCAACUGGUGAAGUCGAUUCAGCCACCAUCCGCCCUGCACCCACUUCUAGUGACCAUAAAUUACAGGAUGUGGGGUUUGUAGGUGUUGCUAAAGCUUUAUAUUAUGUGGUUUUGUUAGUGGUUUUGCUAUGAGAAUGGGUGGCAACUAAUAUUAGUAUGUAAAGAGAGGCAUAUGAGAAAUUUUGAAUUGAAAGAGUAGUGGGCUUUGAUGAUUAUUGUAUCAAUCUUUCAAUGCAUCCUUUUUGAGACUUUUGCUUUUGAAUAAUUGGCAUCUUUGGUUACAUCUUUGUUAAUAUUAACGUUGUUAUUGAAA